AUGGCGCAGUUGGAGAGCGACGAGCUGGAGCAGCUGAUGCCCAACAUAGAGCACCGUGUGCGGCAGCAAAGCUCGCCGGCCAACACGGGGGCGCUGCGGGAGUACAUCAGGGUGCUGGGGGAGAAGCCGGUCAACGUGCCCGCGGGGUCCACCGUGCCGCAGAAGCCCCGCACCGACGGGCUGCAGACGCGGGCCGGCUCCGGCCGCCGCCCGCAGCGCCGCUACUUCACCAUCAAGUGGAGAGUUGAGCCGGAGCCCGAGCCCCAGGAGCAGGUGGAGGUGGACCCCGAGGCUCUCAAAGAUGCGCUGCUGGAGCAGGCCAAGGCGCAGCGCCGCGCACUGAUGGAGGCAGCGCUGCGGCCAGGCACGGGGCGGUUUCCGCGGAGCCGCGAGUUUGCCAUCACGCUGCUGCCGCUGCAGCUGGAGGAGCAGGAGGAGGAGCUGCUCGAGGAGGCUGGUGCUGACCAGCUGCUGCAGCAGGAUAUGGAGUGGCAGGCAGCAGGCGAGGCUGGCGAUGAGCAGCUGCUUGAGUAUGGCGAGCAUGAGGAGCAGGCAUGGGAGGUGGAGGAGGGGGUGCUGGCUGAGCAGCAGGCGCGGGCGGCAGUGCAGCCUGCCGCCGCCGACGCCCCGGCAUCCACAGCCGCCACGCCGGGUGCUGCGCUGCUGCGUCAGCAGGACGGCCAGCCCCAGUCAGGCGGCCUGCAGCAGGAGCGGCCAGACAGCCAGCGUGGGCAGGCCAAGACGCCGGCCACCUCGCUGUUUGGGCGCUACACGCCUAUGGAGGGCGUGCCAGAGCGCCUGGCGCUGCUGGCCACCCGCGGCAAGCAGCCUCCUGCCACUGUGUCGCGCUCGGCACGCCCCGCCCGCACCCCAGCGGGCUUCACGCCCACAGAGGGCAUCCCGGAGCGCCUGCUGGCGUUCCAGCCGCCGCUGGGCGGGCCACGCCCGCUGGGCCUGCCCGGCGCCACCCUCGUGUGCAGCAACCAGGCGCAGCGGUCUGUGGACUCUCCGGUGGAGGGACUGGUGCAGCAGGGGGUGCGGCGCAGCAAAGAUGGCGCUGCCGUGCCACAGCCCACCGAUGCCGACGCGGGCUUUGCCGGCUUUGCACAGCCGUCGCCACGGCAGCAGGAGGCGGAGCAGCAGCUGGCAGAGGAGGAGCAGCAGCAGCAUGAGGAGCAGGGCGUUGCUGAUGACGACGACAAUGGCGACUUUGGGUUUGCAGAUGAUGGCGGGUACUACGACGAGGAUGGCGCUCCGUCGCCCUCGGCACCGCAGGCUGCUGGCACUGGCAGCUUCCCCUUUUUGGCUGGCCGCUCGCCAGCGCACAUGGAGGAUGCGUGUGUGCAGACGGGUGCCAGCCUGGGCGCUGAGGAGCGGGCGGCUGCGGAGGCAGCCGCGCCCGCGGCAGAGGCGGACAAUGAGGGCGCUUAUGGCGGCUAUGACGCAGGCGGCGACUACGACGCCCUGGAUGUACAUGGUCAGGAGCCAAGCUUUGAUGCAGACCUGCCCGAGCCCUCUGCGGCAGCGCGGCAGCGCGUGCGGCGCAAGGCCACCAAAGACCCGGGUGUGCGCCUUCGCAAUGAGCUCAAGCGCAAGAGCCUGGCAGUUGAUCCCACCAUUGGGCGGCGUGAGGUGCUGCCUGGCGUGCGGCGCAGCUGUCGCUCUCGGCAGGGGCCGCUCAAGUGGUGGCUCAACGAGAGGCAGGAGUUUGGGCGGCAGCACCAGACAAUGCCAACAGUGAGGAAUGUGGUGCACAAGGUGCCCAACACGCCCUGGCAGACCGUGACAGACAUCAGGCGGCGGCCAGCCAAGCGGCAGCGGGCCCCCACGCCGCACGAUCUGGAUGAGAUGCUGGGCGGUGCAGCAGAUGAGGAGCAGGGGUGGGAGGCAGAGGAGGAGGAGGUGGUGCAGGAGGAGCAGCCUGACGUGGAGGAGGAGCAGGAGGAGCAGGUGGCAGAUGACGCGGCGGAGCCCGCAGCAACUGAGGAGCAGCAUGAGGUGGAGCAGCAGCAGGGUCGGCGGCAGUCCAGCCGCCGCCAGCAGGCGGCAGCGCAGCCAAUGAGCAGGCGGCAGGGCAAGGCACCAGCAGCCAGGGUGCCGGCAGCCAAGGGCAAGGCCAUGAAAAAGAAGGCAGCAGGCAGCAAGCGUAGGGGCCGGCGGUGA